AUGCCGGAAGCAACAGAACAGCAAUCUGACGCCACAGGUUCGAUUCCUUAUCUCCAGCAGCUGGCACGGCUGGCAAGCCCAGUACCCAAUUUCGCUGCGACCCUGACUACACAAGCGGAGCAAGACGCCGAAGAUGCCAACAUCAGCUUCCUACGUACAGAACUGCCGGAUAAUCAAGGAUCUCGCCCGCGCGAUGAUGCUGACGAGAGUCGCCGGCGAAUGCGGAGAGCCGUAGAUGCUAUGGCCGAGCCCCGCGUUUACACCCCCGCGCAAUUGGAAGAGUUAGGAAGCCUCUCAACAUAUUCAGAUCGAAUAUCGCAGCAGGAAUACCAUGGUUGGGCACCGGGAACAUCUGAUGACGAGCAAGAAAAUAGGCCUGAGGGACGGGCCAUCUCUCGAUCUUCGGCAGCGUUGUUGGACGAGCACGUUCUGAGGAGGGAUGAGCAUCUAAGGGAGAGGAUGAGACUGAGACGCUUGAGGGAUGCCACACAAUUAGAAUGGCGGGAAAGUGUACCAAGCGAGUCCGCUACCCAAGUGUCCUCUCCUCGAGAACGAUCGCACUUCAUCGAGAACGACACGGGUGGAAUUCCCAUCGUGACGGAAUCCUCGCUACGAACCACCGCUCUACUACAAGCUGUAAGACGCAAUUCACAAUUCUCGGCCCGUUCAAGGAACGAGCUCCAGAGAUAUAUCCUUGACAGGGAGAGAGGCGACGAAAGAGAUCGAGCAGGCUCCGCACGCCCAAUCGAGCCCUCGAAUUCCAACCUUUCGCAAAGCCAGCGGCGGCAACUGCAUCGCGAAGCUACAGUACGACAGGAGAUUCAGCAGCAUCGGGACCUGAUUGCGGAACAUCAACAACACCGCACCUACGUGGAGGAACAACUACGGCAGCAGCGGCAUAGUAUUGCCCAGCCAAGUGAGAACAGAAGACGACGCUACUGGCAAACACCCUCGCCCUGUCCUCCUAGCGAGAGAAGACCGGUCGAUGAAGCCAUAAAAUAUCUUGAGCGAUUACGUUCGUGCGAAUCUGAUCAAGAAGGCUUGGAGAAUGCAGAAGAGGCGGGCUUAGGUCCGGAAGAGUGCUGCCCAAAAGACCCUCAAGACUUCCUAUUGAACGUUCAGACAGUACCACCACCGCCUCAGAGCUCCUGGCUCAAAGUCGGCGCUGUCCUUUCUGGCACCCAACACGGCGCCUGCCCAUCUUCACUACCAUCAUACACUCCACUCAUGCCUCCAUCUACAUAUCGAGUAAGAGCCAGAAACCCACAUUUCGGCUCCCACCCACCAAGAAAUACGUCUCCAGUCCGUCACGCUCCCUACUUCGCCACCGCAGCCUCGGAAGCCUCCUCUACCUUUGCAGAAGAGCGCUGGGAUGUCAAGGUAACAGUUGACAGCAUCGACUACAGCACCAUGACCUUAUCCGGCACCAUGGAAGCAUUCGAUGUACCCGACAAGAAUUCGCCAACAAAGGUUUCAAGCAUCACUACGUAUCUCGAGGGCGAAAUAAUUGAUUUCAGCACUUUUACCUUGGAGACUAAGAGUUUCAAAGCCGACACCCGUGUCGACGGGAUGUAUUGGCGGAAAUUACCCCCUUUUAAGGAUCUAGACGAUGAUGAGGCCAUGGCGAGGAACAUACUUAGCCAGGAAUGGCUGCGGAAGGAGCUGAUGGAGAAGUGGAUCCUGAUGAGGUGGAAAGAGAAAUGCUUCGUCACCCCUUCCAAUCCUGACACCGCCCUUACUAUCAGUGGCUUCUACUACGUCUCAUUACAGAGAUCAAACGGGCAUGUGGAAGGCUUGUACUAUGACCCGCACAGCAACCCAUAUCAGCAUUUAUCCCUUACUCCUGAGAAGCGGACAUUUCCUGCAUAUACAUUUCGGUAG